AUGAAGAGCCUCGCUGCUGCUUCGCCCUCCUCCCUUGCACGACGGCUCGCACAUGCUUGCUUGCUCGCUCUGAUAGCCGUUGCGCUUGUGCUUGCUGUCUUCGCCGGCGCCCUUCCUUCCUCUCCGGAAGCAGGGGGGGAAUCAAGCGGCGGAGAUGCGGACGGACGCGACAGCGAAAAAUGCUUCUGGAGGGAUAUCCGACUCGGCGUGGGAACCGUUUUCGCCGCAGUGCCCUUUGGAGUGCCUUCUCCAGAGGCCUGCCGCGCGAUCUGCAGAGCAGCCGCUCCUCGUUGCAAAUACUUUCUCUACGCCACCAACAAACUGCUGCCUCUAGGAAUGCAGAGCUCUUGCCAUUUACUUGCAGCGGCAGAACCUGCUCUGCCGGUGUCUGGAGAGCUGCGACAGUGGCUCGUGCUGGUAGGGGGACCAUCAGAGUGCUCGCCGCAACAUCCUGAGCGACCCCUCCAGCUUCUACCUGAUGACACGUGCGUCAGCAGUCAGAUCUGCGACACCGCAGGGCUCUUCGGUCUAGGGGGCAGCCGAUUCGAUCCGUUUUGCGCCAAAAAAAGCAGCACAAGCGACGACAGCAGCAGCAGCAGAGAGGUGCUCCAGCAGGAUACGCCGCUUACCCCUGAAGACAGGCAGUAUUUUUGCUCCAAGCAGCUCAUGGGGCUUCCUUGCUGCACUCGAUGCGGCGACUCAGACUUCAAUCUAUGUCCAGAACAGGCGUGCGGCAGUCCAGGUGUGGAUUUCCCUGAUGGUGAGGAGCUGGGAUUUGUCGCCGGGGGCAUCCCUUCUCCUGCCGUCUGCAGACGACUGUGUCUCGCUGCUUCUGGAUGUACGCACUACUUUUUCUGGACCUCUUCCCUCCUGUCAGAGUCUCUUCGGGGGAGUUGCAGCCUCAGGCGCUACCCCAAGCUUUCUCAGGAGCAGCUGCACGAGCAGCUGCAGCAGCUACAUCGGCAGCAGCAACAGCUGAGGGAUGAGCGCCGCAAGAAGAAGAGAGAGGCGAGAGAGGCACGCAGACGAAAGCGCAUGCAAAAGCAGCAGGAAAAGCAGGAGCAGCAGAAGCGACAGCAACGGCAGGAGGAAGAGAACGCGGAGGAGAACAAUCUAACUAACGAAGGGGGGCAGCACCAACCCGAAGAGAACCAGACAUGCAGAACCCCUACAGGUCAAUCGGCAGCAGCAGCAGCAGCAGCAGCAGCAGCAAGAGCCUUUCCAGAAGCAGGUGCCAGAUGGGCAGCCACGGAGGCUGGAGGGCCUUCUGCCCGAUGCGGAAAAGCAGAAGAAGCGGAACCAGAGAGGUAUCGAGGCACUGAAGGGUCAGCAGCAGCAGAAGCUCCAGAACGCGUGUCUGCGCGUUUUUCAAGAAACAGCUCUGUCGGUAGGAGAGACACCGGAGAGGCUGUAGCAGCCAUACGCGCAUCCGAGGAACCUGCGGCCAGGGCACCGCGUGCCGAAGCCUCAGAGAAAGCAACGCGAGCUUUUGAAGGGAAUGAAGUUGAUGUUGAAGGAGGCUACGAUGAAGAAGACGACGAUAAAGAGCAUGAGGAAGAAGCGCAAGUCCCCUUCCCAACUCUGCUACCAGGGGCGCCGCAUGCGUUCCCCAUUUUCCAGAAGCGGCGGCAUGCACCGCAACAGCGAGAGCAGCAGCAAUGGUCAGGAGAGCCGCAGGAGAGGGGGGAGGCGGAGCACGACGACGACAACGAUACGCAGCACCCACAAGCGCGAAAACAGAAGGAUGUGGCAUCAUCGAUGGUCCACUCGCCGCGUGGUUUCCAAGCGGCGUGGCAGUCUUCCGAUUUUUACUGGCACUUUGGAGCAGCCGCUUGCGAUCCCCCCGCGAGGCCGACAACGACCACGACGUCGCCUCCCCCUCUCCCCGCGCAUGCGCAGCUUCCUAACGCAUGCGAGGAGCACGACGCGGAUUACUACGGGCACGACCUCUCUCGCCGGGUGGCUUUGAGCUCUCUGGAGUGCCAGGAAAAGUGCAAAGAAACCGAAGCGUGUCAAGGCUACACCUUCCUGCCCAGACAGAGGAUCUGUCUCCUAAAGUGGAUGCUGCUCCCUAGGAAGGUCCCCCACUUUAUAAGCGGUCCCAGGUGCUGUGAACAGACACCAGAGGCGGCGCUGCUGCUGCAGCAAGAGGGGCGAGCACCAGAAGAAAGCAUGCUGCGGACUCAGCAACAGCAACCGCAGACGCAAGACGACGCGGAUAGCCGUGCGACGGCGUCUGCCACCAACCACAAGUGUGGCGCUAGCAGCGGCGGCGGCGGCAGCUGCCUCAAUAACGACCAGCGCAGCGCCAGCAGCAAAAACGCCUGCCCCCCUAAGCGCACUCCCAUGUGUCUCUGGCCAGGAAAGGGGCUUCCAGGAAACGACCUAGGCCCUCUCCUCAAGGAAUGCGCCAGUGCAGCAGAGUGCCAGUUGCAGUGUGACCAGCAUCUGCAAUGCGGCCUGUGGGUGUACAGAGGGUCUCCCUACGAAGACUGCCAGCUCAAGGUGCUGCCUGCUGCUGCUGCGAGUGUGCUUGCUGCUGCCCCUGUCACUGUCUCCUUGAGUGCUCCCACAUCCAGCGUCUCUCCGGAUGCAGCAGUGGGCGUAGACACCCCGAAGGACCGGCUUAGCAGGCGUCAGAUUCUAUACCGCACAAUCGAGAAGAAUGGAGGCUUGUUUCCUUAUGGGCAUGCAAUUACGGGACUGCCCGACUGCCCCUUGUUUGGAGACCCCUCGAGGAAAUCCAAGCCGCGGUGGAGGGCCUUAAAGCAGGAGGAGCGCAGACAGAAGCACGAGCGAAGAAAGGCUGAAAAAGCCGCCUCGAGAGCUACAGCGAGACUCGAACGCACUCGACAACGGAAGCAAAAGAAGCAGGAAGAAGGCCUCGAGCGCCAACAGCAGCAAGACCGGCACGCAACGGAGCAGCAGCAAAAAGAAGCACAAGAGUACGGAGGAGAGCAGCACGAGCAGCAGCAAAAAGAAGCACAAGAGCACGGAGGAGAGCAGCACGAGCAGCAGCAAAAAGAAGCACAAGAGCACGGAGGAGAGCAGCACGAGCAGCAGCAAAAAGAAGCACAAGAGCACGGAGGAGAGCAGCACGAGCAGCAGCAAAGAGAAGCACAAGAGCACGGAGGAGAGCAGCACGAGCAGCAGCAAAAAGAAGCA